CCUCCUCCCGCGCCCCGCCCCUACCUCGUCGGCUGUAACGUCAUCCGAGGGCCGGGCCUCGCAGCCUGCAAAGUGGGGACUUGCCCGGCCCGGCCAGACGGACAGGGGGCGGAGCCUAAGGGGGUGGGGAAUACCCUGUCCGGCCGCCCAGCUGGAAACGGACUCAUUCCCUUGCAGGCUCUCUACCUAGCCGGACCAUUGCGACCAAGCGAGGCGCUUUUUCCCGGGAGCGAGCUGGGAAAAGCCCGGUUUAGCCACGAGUGGCUCGGCCGUUGCACGGGCCGCCUAAGCCACAGGAGGACGGUGAAAGAGAGCUGAAGCUAACCUGAGCUCUCCCACGUAGGGGUGAGCGCGCCAGGGCGAGGUGGGGAAGAAGGGAGGAGUGUGGCGAAGCUCACAGCCAGUGGUGGAUUAUCCGGGCCAGUCUGCGUCUGUGGACUGCGAAAUGCGCGAGGAGGACAAGGGCAUGCUCCGUGGUGGCGGCGACGGCGCGGGCCUGGCCAACGCCUCCGCGCGGGGGCAAGUGGACACUGUGCAGCAGCUCUUGGAAGCCGGUGCGGAUCCCAACGGAGUCAACCGCUUCGGAAGGCGCCCAAUCCAGGUCAUGAUGAUGGGCAGCGCCCGCGUGGCCGAGCUGCUGCUGCUCCACGGCGCGGACCCCAACUGCGCGGAUCCCGCCACCCUCACCCGACCUGUGCACGACGCCGCCCGGGAGGGGUUCCUGGACACGCUGGUGGUGCUGCACCGAGCCGGGGCGCGGCUGGAUGUGCGCGAUGCCUGGGGCCGCCUGCCCGUGGACCUGGCUGAGGAGCGGGGCCACCGCGAUGUCGCCCGGUACCUGCGCGCAGCCGCGGGAGAUUGAUGGCCGGUCCAGCCAGCCGCCCACCAGGACAUUUCUUUUCUCCCCUGUGCCCCACGCCCAACUUAGUUCAAGGAAGGCUACGAACAUGGAGCGGCGCAAAGCCUGAAAGCCUUCCAGGAGGCUUGACUCACCGUGGGGGAGGAGAAGCAGACGGUGAAUAAAUUUUUUUUUUCCUUUUUCUUUUUCUCUGGAUCCGGUCCUCACGCUCACCGUGAAGCAAGCGGACUUCCCAGAGAGAUUUAGGAGCUGAACGUGAAGCCCCCCCGCUGUUGUUGACUUUUCAGGCUUUUCUGGCAAAAAAAGUGGCCUGUAGAGUCUCUAAUGAUCCGAGGUGCCUGCGAAACUUCACAGGAAAGACGCUGGUGGCAAGAGGGGCAGGCGGCGGCCACUGGCAUGUGAGUGGGGGGCGGGUGAUCCGUUCGCCCCUCUGACCUUAAGGGAGCGCCCCGGAAGCCCCUACUGUAAGGCGUUGGGCCCCCGGAGGCUGGAGGGGAAACCGGAAGGCCGAGGAGACGGAGGACACGAGGAGGACCGCAGGCCUGGGCGCCACCAGGUGCCCAAGGCUUUCCACGCUGUGUGUUGCGCUGCAAAGCACUCACCUGCGAAGCGCUGCUUCCCGGAAGCCCCGCAGACAUGCGCCGAGCUCCACCGCCAGGGACCGGAGGACGCGAGCGCGCGGUGAAUUUUCCCACAGGUUCGAAAAUCCCUGAGCCAAGAUGACUCAGAACGGCUCUCGGAAGAGGGCUGUAGCCUGCCGUGUGUGCCUCAGAGGAGGGGAGACUCUUCGGGAGUUCCAGAAGUCAGCGAUCCGGAUGAAGUGGUGGAUUGCAGGGAGGGCAACCGCCUCCAUUAACCAUUUGCUUCAUCUGUGUACCACGGGAUACACCCCCCCCCGGAAGUGGGAAAAGAUUGGGAGAUGUUUUUAACUUUCGGGGUGUUCUUAACUUACCGGGGAGGCUUUAAGGAAGAAAGUAACUCCUUGGUAAAGAAGUGAAGAACUGCAGCUUUUAAAUGAAACCUUGGCACGCUGCCAAAGCCUAGACCCAUUUAUCCAUAACCUAUUUAUUUCUUUAAGUUUUCUGACCGGUUACUUUACUAGAGUGUCUCGGGGGUCAAACUAUGAAAUAUUCCAAAUCUCUUUUAGAAAACCGGUGCACCCACCCAGUAAAUUAUCACGGGGUAUUUCCCAGAGGGCUGCUGAAAGAGUAAACUGGGUAUCAAACUGUUGAAAAUGUAUGAUGAUGGCUCACGGAAUGUCUUAAUAUCCGCUGAACAAACUAAAGGGGCACUGCUUUUGGGAUUUAAUUUCCAGUGCUGCUUGAUUCAUUACAGCAUUGGAACAACUGAUACUUCAAUACUUUAAUAAAGAAAAAAAAAAGCAAUA